AUGAAGUGGACAUCGGCUGCUUCCCUCGGCCUCGCGGCCACCGCCAUGGCUGCUGCUCCCCCAGCUGGCUGCAGCACUUCUCGUGAUGGCAAAUUCCAGGUCUCCAUCUAUUCUCUUGGAAACGCCAAGCGUGACCUUGAGAAGCGCGCUUGUGAAGGUGAAGGCACUCUGGUCAUGACCCUUAACAAUGGUGUCCUCAAGGAUUCCCACGACCGAACUGGUUAUAUUGCCUCCAACUACCAGUUCCAGUUUGACGCGCCUCCUCAGCACAACGCCAUCAAGUCUUCUGGCUUCUCAGUCUGCCAAAAUGGCUCUCUUGCUCUGGACGGCUCUACUGUUUUCUACCGAUGCCUCUCUGGUAACUUUUACAAUCUGUAUGACCGCCACUGGGCUGCUCAGUGCUCCCCCAUUGAGAUUGUCGCUACGUCCUGCACUGGAGGCAACACCGGAGGCAAUGGUGGCAAUGGUGGUAACGGCGGUAAGCCCGUUGGUACCAGCAUGGUUCAGACCACGAUCGUCACUGUCAUCGCCGACGGUCAGCCUCAGAUUCACACCACGGUCAUUCCCAUCCCCAUGUGCCAGAUUGGUGAUGGCCAGGUCCAGGUCCGCACCACUCCUUGUGCUUCCGUUCCUGCACCUACCAUGGCUCCUCCGGUUUCCCAGAUCUCGGAUGGCCAGAUCCAGGCUCCCCCAAAGACUGCCGCACCCCCUCCUCCUGUGAGCCAGAUUGGUGAUGGACAGCCCCAGGCUCCUACUCACACCCAGGCUCCUCCUCCUCCUCCCGUCAGCCAGAUCUCGGAUGGACAGCCCCAGGCUCCUACCCACACCCAGGCUCCUCCUCCUCCUCCGCCUCCCGUCACUCAGAUUUCUGAUGGUCAGCCUCAAGCUCCUACCAAUGUUACUACUGGUCCUACUGCUGUCCCUACUGCCGCGGCCAACAAGGUCUUCCCUGGCUUUGCUGCUGCCGUCGUGGCCAUCUUCGGCGCCGCUCUUUACCUGUAA